AUUCCUUCUAAUUUAUAAUCCAUGAAUAAUACCGCCAAGGUUUCAUUUCCACUCUCAUCCCAGCUUCAAUUCCUUCCUUUCACGGCGGCUUUUGUCGAACCCAUUUCUCAUCCUAAGCGGCCUUCCCUUCCGCCGCCCAGGCGAAGCAAUUCAUGGUCUCCCCUCUGGACCAAGUCGUGAUUUCAAAGACAGCCACGAUGAAGCAGCUUUCUCUGCCGCCGGAAAUGUCACAGGCCGGCGAAGGGAAACCCAUAAAGGACCCGAUUCUCCGGCGACCUCGCCGGACCAACCCGAUGAUCUGGUGCGGUGCCAUCGUCUGCUUGAUAUUCAGCUUCCUUCUCAUCCUCUUCGGCAUCGCAACUCUGGUGAUCUUCGUUGGGAUCAAACCCAGAACUCCCGUGUUCGACGCCCCGAUGGCGAGCCUCACCGUCAUCUACUUGGGCUCGCCGGGGUACUUCAACGGCGACUUCACAUUCGUCGGAAACUUCUCAAACCCCAACAAGAAAAUAGAUGUAAGGUUUGAGUAUGCGGAGAUAGAGCUCUACUUUUCCAACAGUCUCAUCGCGACUCAAGCUCUCGGGCCUUUUACAGAAAGGGCCGGCGAGACGAGAUCGGUGUCGGUUCACAUGAUAUCGAGCUUGGUUUACUUGGCCCCCACUCUGGCAAGAGAGCUUCAAAAGCAGGUGGAGAGGAACAGGAUUGUAUACACCAUUAGAGGGACUUUCAGAGUGAGGGCUAGCUUGGGGAUGAUUCAUUUUUCUUACUGGCUGCAUGGCAGAUGCCAGUUAGAGAUGACGAGUCCGCCAACUGGGGUCUUAAUAACUCGCAGUUGCAGAACCAAGAGAUAGAAAGGAGAACCCACAACUGACCAGUAGUCUAGCUGUACGUAGAGGGUAGUUGCCAUGGUGAUUUUAGGGUUUGAAAUUCGGGUUCUAUGAAUUUGAGGUGCACGGCUGAUGUGUGGUUCAAUAUUGUCAUACUUCUUCGAGUUUAAAAUGGAGGAGUAAAGAACAUUUUAAUGGAAAUUUAUUAAGAGUAUGGUUUGGGCUCUUCGACAGUACCUUGUGAAUCUUAAAACAAAGUUGUCAACUACAUCAUAUUUAAGCUCAUGAGUGAAGCUGUGAGUUGAACAAGAUUGAUCCUCAGAUCUAAGGUGUCCUUAAUUAGAAAUUUCAACCAUGCCCUUUUGAAUUAGAAAAAAAGAAAUACAAAACCCAUGUUAUGCCACUGAAUUCCUCUGUUUCAUU